GAGUUGGUCUUAAGGUAGAGAGGAGAGAUAUUUCUGUCGGCCAAAACACGAACGCUCACGUUUUUGGCAUCAGUAUACCAGCUACAGGGAUAACAGGUUACACCAUGAUCAACUGUAGGCCUUGUAUGAAGAGAAACUCUUGAUUAAACCUUCAGCUGAAACUCCUGGACAGGUGUCCCAGCCUCCGACAUAGACCUUGAGCGCACACCAGGAAUCAACGAUGUCCAGGCCGCUAACUCAGCUCCUACCACCGGAGCUACCAGCUGGGGCGAGCCCGCAGUUCGGAACCGGCAACCCGUCCGUGACCACCCCUAAUGGCCACCCCAACUCCAUGGCAAGCCUCAAGACCCUGCUGCAGCUCCCAAUCAAAGCUGACCAGCGAGGGAAAGACUGCUGCGAAAUAAAAGAUAAAGACAAACCAGUGGACUCUGAUGAGGACUCCCAGGGUGUGGGCAGCGUGGCCGGCGUGUGUGGGAUCAGCGGUGGUGCCUCCUCCGUGCGUUCGGUCUCCCAGUCGGCCUUCCUAGGCCCUCUUCUGUGGGAGCGCACGCUGCCGUGCGACAGCGGCCUCUUCCAGCUCCAGUACAUGGACCUGGAGGAGUUCCUCACCGAGAACGGCAUGGGCUGCAUGCCGUCGGCCGGCGGCGGCACCAACACCGGCGGCACGGGCUCGGGAGGGGGCGGCACGGGCGGAAGCGCCAACGCCCAGAUCCCCUCGCAGAGCUCGCAGUCGGCCGUGCCCAACCAGAGCUCGCAGUGCCCAUCGUCGGCCUCGUCGCCGCCGCCCUGCUCCUCCUCUUCCUCGUCCUGCUCCUCCAUCUCGUCGUCCUCCUCCACGUCCUCCCUGCUGGGGCUGGACGGCCCACAGCCUCCGCCGCCCGUGCCACCAAGCAUGCUCCAAGGAGGCCCCGAGUGCCUACAUGGAGGCCAGGCUGUGCCACCAGAACCUUCAUCGUCCUCGUCUUCAUCCUGUCCACCUCCGCCAGGCCCACUGAGUAACAAUGCCAACGACGUCAUGGUGAACUUUGACCCUGACCCUGCGGACCUUGCACUGUCCAGCGUGCCAGGCCAGGAGGCCUUUGACCCUCGGAGGCACCGCUUCUCAGAGGACGAGCUCAAGCCUCAGCCCAUGAUCAAGAAGGCCCGCAAGAUGCUGGUGCCUGAUGAGCAGAAGGAUGAGAAGUACUGGUGCCGGCGCGUGAAGAACAACGAGGCGGCCAAGCGCUCGCGUGACGCCCGGCGGCUCAAGGAGAACCAGAUCACGGUGCGCGCCGCCUUCCUGGAGCGUGAGAACGCAGCGCUGCGGCAGGAGGUGGCCGACAUGCGCAAGGAGCUCGGCCGCUGCCGGAACAUCCUCAGCAAGUACGAGACCCGGCACGGCGACCUGUGAGGACGACAAGGACGAGGAGGAGGAGGACGCCGUCGAGGAGGAAGAGGAUGAGGAAGAAAUGAGAGAAAGAGAGAGCAGGAGAGGAAGAGGAGAGAAGCCAACAAACAAACAUACAAACAAAAAAAACAAACGUUAGCACUUCUGAAACGACGGGGCGGGCACUCUAGCGCCCCCUCUCUGUGGGUUGGGGUUAGACGGGCUAGCGGUAUAAUCAGGUUCUAAGCAGGUCCUGAGUGUUUUUUCAGCACUUGCAACACUUGCCGAUCCCAGCACUCCUUCACCCACCUCCCCCUGACCUUAACCCCCCCCCACCCCUCCACAUCCUCAACAUUUCACAUUUCCUUUGUAGUUAGGGAGGGUGGAAAGGAGGCGGUUGGGAGGUGGGUGGGGUGGAGGGGCAGAUGCUUCUGAAUGCCGAUGGGGUCGUGCUCUAUGCCAGUCUUACACAGCCUCACCUCACCAUAGCACCACACAACCGGAGAGGUGGGCGUGGGCGCCACCGCCGCCGAGCCACAGACAGUCCACAUGGAUUGGCCAGGCCGAUGGGGACACAGGUGUCAUUUGUUUUCUAUGACAACAAAAAGAAAAAAUUUAACUUGAAUAAACAAAAUAAAACUUGUUUAUUUUUGAACCAGGGGGGGCAGGGGGGCGGAGAGAAGAGUCGGAGCUUAGAGGAGGGGUGUGGAGGUAGAGGUUAAGGGGACACGAGGAGGAGAGCCAUGAGAUUUUGACAACAGAUAGGAAAACUUGUAUAUUUUUAUAUUUGUGGAGUCAAGACAGGCGACGAGAUUUUGGAAAUAAUCUUUUGUAUAUUUUCUAUAUGGGUGGGAGGGGCCGUAGAGGGGCAUGUAGGCUGUACACGUGAGGGCUAUCUGAGGAGUUUUAACACAAAUCCAGGAGUAUUCUCAGAUAUAUAAAUAUAUAUAUAUAUAUAUAUUUUAGUGGUCAGACUGGCUUUAGCGGUUCAGGGAUGAUGAGGCGGCUUUUCUUAGCAGAAGAAUGUAAAAGGAGUUCAAAUCAGGGGCAAAGUGGUGGUGGUGGUGGUGGAGGACGGUGAGGAGAUCCGAGGAUAGAAUAUUUCUUUGCGGAUGAAUACGAGAAGAAAGGAGAUGAAAAUCUGUGUAUAGUUUUCAUUUUUAUGUUUCUCUUAUUGUGAGUUCAUUCAAGCACUUAAUUUUGAUCUCUUCUUUUUGAUUCCCGUUUUGAGCUUAAAUAUGUGUGUUUGUCCUAACCUGGGUGGUUUAGAAGAGAGAGAGAGGAAAAGAGAGACCAUGUUGUACACACACUACUAUAUAUAUAUAGUACUACGGUUAUGAAAGACUUCUUUCCAUGUAUAUAUACUGAGAUGCUUGAAGAAGCCUUGGCUGUAAAGGAAAUUAUGUAUACACUUAUGCAUACACAUUUACACAUGUAAUCAUACACACCCAUUCACACACACACACACACACACAUACUGAAAUACCAACAUAAGCUUGACCUUGAUGUGACCUUUCUCCAUGGUCAGUAUAAUGACAACGCACAAAUAAGACAUGGAGUCUGACCACUCCCUGCACUCUGCAUUAUCUUACACACACACACACACAAAGACACACACACACACACACACACACACACACACACACACAGAGCGUGCUCUUUCUUUUCCUCUCUCUCUCUGAGUUGACUAGUGAAGUGUCAUGGAGUCAGAUUUUUAGAUUUCGUCACCCAGGUAUAGCAGGCAGUGAGUGAGCGACUGCAUGUGUUUCCCACCACAAACCUCUCUGACUGUUCUUAUGUCCACUACAUGGUGCUCACAAUAUCCCACUACCUGAAACACAACUGCAUACACACACACACACACACACACACACACACACACACAGCACACACACAUACACAGUACUGAACUGCCUAUAUCGACUCACCUUGUUUAUGUUUUAUUUCUUUUUGUAUAGUAAGAGGAAUGGUUUUUAGAUCUACACACAACAGUAUGUCUAAACCUCCCAACAAAUUAAACCCACAUGAAAGUUCCUAAAUGCUACUGUACUAUACGGAAAAAAAAAUGUACUAUUGAAUAUUAAAAUAACUAUUUCUCACUAGAUAUAUGUGUGUAUAUUCUUAUGCUUGAAUAUGUGAUCAUCAAUGUAAAGUACAUGACUUGAAGAAUAUAAUUAUAUAUAUGAGUAGUUUAUGCACAAGCUGAUUGGAAUUAUUGUCAAUUCCUCAGGAGUCUGAAAUGAGUAUUAUGAAUAUAGAAUAACAGAAAUUUGGAAAUGGCAAAUGUGCAAUUCCUUUAUUCCGUUUGUUUUUCCUGAGAAAUUUCUAAACUUUUGGGAGCUUUGAUCUCAGUCAGAAAUUGAACAGGUCAUUUUGAUUUGCCAAAAUUUCCUGAUUUCUUAUAGGCUGAGAUGUUACCAAAAUGACUAAACUUACCUUGGGAGGAAGGUUCUAGUAAACCCAAUACAACAUAAAUAAAUAUAUAUAUAUAUAUAUAUAUAUAUAUAUAUAUAUAAUAUUGCUUAAUAUUAUAUAUAUGGUGUUUGUUGAUUUACUCACAGGAAUUAAAUGUAUUUUUUAUUACUGUAACUACUACAGUUAUGAUUGCUACUAUAACCAUCGUUGUUGUUACUAUGACAAUCUGUGUUUCUAUCCUUAUUGUUUCUUUGCAGCAUUUCCCAAUAGUUUCCUAGUAUGGCAAGCCCAUCUUAACUCCUUAAUAACAAACUCUUAUUUCCUAUGAGCCUGAUCACUGUCAUCAUUAUCCUCUGACACAUUGCCAGAUCCCAAGUGCAUUGUGGGAGUUGUAGGCUUUAUUCUUUUGUGUUAUAUUUUGAAAAAAGACAACAACAAAAAAAAACACACACACAUAAACAAACAAAAAAAAGACUGUUGGGUGAAACGAAACCUAUAACCCGUCUGAAGACGAUCUUUUUCCUGGAUGCACCUGAAGCUCCUUCCCAUGAGCCUCUUGUGUCCAGUGCCCGAAGAGCCUGCUGCUGUCCCCCAGCUCUCUCGGCUGACGGCAGGCCGUGUUUUUAUCACCGGGGAAUUUGUUUGUAAACGCCUAAGAAACCUUUUGACAGUGCUAUUUUUCUAUGUAACUGUACGAUAAUUCUUGGCAUUACAUGGGUAUUGGUGGCCCAAACCUUCAUAGAUGUCUGGUCUUGAACGGGUAUCCACGCCUCUCUUAUGUCCAAUUUUUUCCCAGAUGUGGAUUGUCAUAUCGCUCCUUUUGUGACUGUUAUGAACUACAAAUCCCAUGAGCGCACCACUACCAAUGUUUCACUGGUAAUGUCUACUGGUCCUGCCUAUUGGAAUGAUGGGAAUGUGGUCUGGCUUUAUUAUUUUCCCAAAACACCAAUAAAGAAUUCUCCUUA